AUGGUAUCUUAUUCUCAGUCAAGUCCUUUUUUAACAAGUAUCAAAUCUUCAACUCUAAGGCCAAAUUCAGAUCUAGCCUGCGAUGCUACAUAUUUUCCGAAAUCGUCCCGUACCAAAAAGAAUAUAGAGAUCGUUGAUUAUGAUUUAACCACAAAAAUUUUAGCCUCAUCUAUUUAAUUUAAAUGCUUAUUUUAAAGCCAUUUUUCUAUUUUAUAUGAAAUUAAUGCUUAUCAUAGGCAAAAUUAUUAUUUAGUGUUUUAUUAUAGAAUAUCACCGUCAAUUCCAAAAACCUCAAAAGCCAAACUCCUUAAAACUGUAUCCAUUAAAAACUUUCCCAGCUCUAUAAAGUCAAGAAACUCCAUCUACGACUCUUCUUCAAGAUCUAAAAACUUCAGUGGGACUUUUAAGUUUGAAGGAGAAAGCCCAAAACCAACUGAAGUUUAUUCUAAUAUGCAAAAAAAGCUUAAAGACUUCAAUAAAUGAAAGAAAUUAAAAAACGAUAAAUCCAGCGAAAUUGAAGAACUGAAAAGAAAUAUUAAAAAAAAUGAAAAAGAAAAAGAAGGCUUGGCCGAGAAGAUAAAAAAUUAUGAAAAAGUUGGGAGUUUAAUUAUUAAGAUAGUAAAUGAAGAAAAAAAUAGCCAUAGAGACUUGGAUAAAAUUAUAGAAAUGAUUGAAAAAAUAAAAUCGCCUAAUAAAAAGCCAGAGUUCAACGAAACAAGAGCAGAGCUCUGGGAAUUAUUUUCAAAAAUGGAAACAUUUUUGUCUGGAAAAAGAUAG